AUGAAGUCUCUGCUGUAUUUGUGUGCGCUCUUUACACUCUCUCUGCAGGAAUGGGAUAUUUUGCCAUCUUUAGCUCCAGACCAGUGUGUGUGUAAGCUCUCCAACACAAAGGCGUUUCCACAGGACAACCUGAAGACCAUCCAGCAGAAUGUGUCCGGCUGUAUCAACGAGGUCAGUCCAAAAAAGUCGAUGGAGCUGAAAUCCCUCCUGCUGGGUCUGGAGCAGCGGCUUCCACAGCUGCAGCAGGACAUGACCGAGCUACAGCUGCAGGAUGACGGGGGCCUGUACGGGGUCCUGGCUCUGCACGUCAUCCAGAACGAACUCACCGAGAUCACGCUGCUCAUGGAGAAGCUCAACGCCACCAUGGAAGCACACGCACAGCAGGCCCGGGACACCACACAACAGAUCCAAACCCUGAGAGCCGAGCUUCAACAGCUGCAGAGUUUUGACACUCAGCAGGUGAUCAAAAGAGACCAGACAAACCAGCGCCUCAAGAGGGACCUGGACCAGUGCAGGAACGGAGCCCCGCCCACUGCCCCACCCAGUGUCCCCCCUCAUGCGCUGUGUCCACACGGGCGGCUCCAGAACGUGACCAGACCCAGGAUGCACACAGCAGGGGAGUAUCCGGGGAGUUACAAGUAUGGAGCGUGGGGCCAAGACCCUAAACCCGAGGGCGGCAAGGAGAGCUGGUACUGGUUCGUCCCAAUGGCUGCUUCCAACCGCUACGCCCACUACGUACGUCUGUACUCCAGCCUCAGCUCUCUGGUGGUGGGCAUCAGCGUGCCAGGUAAUGUCAUGAUCCACCCCUCCAACCCCACCACCAACACCGUGCAGGGGCCAAACGCCGUCCUGUACGGAGGCGCUCUGUACUACAACUGCUACAACAUGGACGCCGUGUGUAGAUUUAAUCUGUCCACCAAAACUGUGGCGACUCUACAGCUGCCCAAAGGAACCAGGUUCAACUCUAAAAGCAACUUCUGCAACCUGGACGAGUGCUUCCCGUUCACAGACUUGGACUUGGCCACAGAUGAGUCGGGGGUGUGGGUCAUCUACACCACAAACCAGGACAACGGGAACCUGGUGGUGUCCCGAGUGGAGGGGGGGCCGGACGAACUGGUGCUGGGUCAGACCUGGCACACCUCUCUCUACAAACAGGCAACCUCCAACACCUUCAUGGUCUGUGGGGUUCUGUACGCCACGCGAGCCGUCAGCAAAGACCUGGAGGAGAUCUUCUACUCGUACGACACGGCCACGGGAAAAGAAACGUUCGACGUCCGCAUCUAUUUGAAAAAGAUGUUCCCCAAUGUGUAUUUUUUGAACUACAGCCCCGUGGACCAGAUGCUCCACGCGUACUGUGAUUCUAACAUGGUCUCCUACAAAAUGAUUUUUCAAUAG